GGUACCAGAUGAUAUUUUUGGUGAUUACGUACGUGGUUCCCAUUCUCCUGAUGUCUAUCUGCUACACAAUCAUGGGCACGGUCCUCUGGGGAUCCAGGUCUAUCGGAGAAAAAACGCAGAGGCAAAUUGAUGCCAUUCGAUCCAAACGAAAGGUAGUGAAAAUGUUCAUUCUCGUGGUGAUGAUAUUCGGCAUUUGCUGGUUGCCGUACCACGGUUAUUUCAUCUACGUGUACUUCGAUACGAAUGUGAUAUUCAGCAGAUACACGCAACACGUUUAUCUCGGCUUCUACUGGUUCGCCAUGUCCAAUGCCAUGGUCAACCCUCUCAUCUAUUACUGGAUGAAUGCCAGGUUUCGGAAAUACUUCAAAUCAGUUAUAUGUGGCUGGAAAACGUGGUUUUCGACUAGGGACAACGAGGACACACAUCCCUACGAAGGACAUUCCCAUUCUUUUUCUAAAUCAGGUGGAAAUGGAACGAUCCGGAUGCGGAUAACGAGUCCCAGAGAACUGGACCAUCGGUUUCGUAGCACCCAUUCAGCCGCGCCAAACGCCAACAACAAUGGCGACGCCCUGGGCAGCUCGCAUAGCAGCAGGUGGUCGAAUCGCAGCAGGUCAUGGAACAAGAAACAACAGACAACUGUCGAUUUGUAACGGCCGACAUCGAGUUCAUUGCGGUCGACUCGAUACUGAUGGAUACCUUGGCUAUAUAUUCCGAAUUCAACUGUCAAUGUUUUGAAUAGAAAAUUAUUUCCGAGAAUCUCAAAAUUUUGAGAAUUCUAUGACACUAAACAGGCAGCAACGGUGUACUUUCUCUGCCUAGGCAGUAAAAGUUCCAAGUAUUUGACACUGACAUAGGGUGAACACAAAAUAAUGGAGUUUUCUAUAAAAAAAUCACACAAAAUUGGUUUUAUAACAGUUCAAGAAAAAAUCAUAUGUUUCACAUGGCAGCUAAGUAGAUUGACUGCCUUGGCUGAAUGCCAA